UCCAUUCCCAUUCCCCUUCGCAGACAGCAGCGCAACACACCUUCCAAAGGAUGGAUAAACGCCACCGCUCGCCGUGUGCGUCUUCGUGCCACUGUAUCUACCCUGCUCAUUCCUGAUGGCGGCCUUCCAGCCACUGAGAAAACAAAUAGUGCUGCGUUACGACGCUGCACCCCUCCGAAACGGGCGCAAACGAGUGUUACCGAGGAGCAACCCAACACCCCCCCCAGGUGCCAAGCCACUGCCGAACGACAAGAACAUCCAACACUAUCCGAUCCCCAACUCCCCCUUGGUCAUCCGCAUCUGGGAUGGUGGCAUGGAACAGUAUGGACAAUACUGCCUCGACUUUUUUGACCCAGUCAAUGACAUAGCUGUGAACGGCCCCGAUGAUUACAAGAUUUGGCACAAUCCCUACCCUGGUCAGCUUACUUAUGGAGAGCAGCUUGUGUCCUGGGAGGCAGCCAUGCACGUAACAACAGUCCCUGCGGGCGAGGAGAGGUACGGCGUCCAGGAGGGAUCGUGGCUUGUGCUCACCCGUUCAAACGCAAUUCCUCUCGGUUUCCAGAUUCCUUGCAGACGAAGAUCAAUGGUUAGGAUGGACUUUGCCGAACCUCACGCUGCCAUCCCCUAGAUAUGCUUGCCGACGAAGAUGUUCGUCGCAUGAGGACGUGAAGGCCGGUCUGUUUCAGUGAUGGUGUGGCUGUGUGUCAUGGCGUCCAGGGGUGCCCAGAGGGCUU